UCUUUGAUCAGCAUUGUGGUUUAUAUGCAGGUUGCUGCAUAUGAUAAGACUCAGGGUAAAAUGGCAUUCUUUGAUCCCUCAAGGGCUCAGGACUUCCUCUUCAUAUCGGGCACCAAGAUGCGAACACUUGCAAAGAACAAAGAAGACCCUCCUGAUGGAUUCAUGUGCCCCGGUGGCUGGAAGGUGCUAGUGGAAUACUACGAUAGCUUGACCCCUGCUGGCAAUGGCAGGGUUUCCGAAGCUGUUCCGGUAUAGAAAUGGUUUGCUGUAUCAUAAUGUGUUGCCUUUGUGACCAAGAGAAAUCUUAAAGAGAACUUAUUAAUCUCCAAGGGGUGUUGCAUAUUGUAUAAAAGUCCUGUGUCUGAAAUCAAUAAUAAAACUACCCGAGACAGUGGGACGGAGAGGGGCUCGUGAUUUGCCUCCUCGUAAUGAGGAUGCCUGUGUUGGCAUCUUCUAAUGGUGCCUCCGGAAUGUUGACACCAUUGUACCAUAUAACGUGAUUGUGUUGCGAUUAAUGACACUGGUGUUAUUUGGUGUAAUUUUCGCCCAGCAGUGUGGACGUCUCCGUAGGUAGAACAAAAUUAAAUCAGAGGAGCAUUUUUUAACUGCUUUUGCAGAGAAAAUGUGAGGAUUGCAUAUAUUUAAAUAUUAUUGUAUUAAAAAACUUGAGGUUCU